CUCCUCCGGUUGAAGAUGGCGGCAGGGACGCGUGUGUCGAGUGGUCGCGAUGUGAAUGCAGUUCCGGACGUCGGGGAGAGUCUGGGCACAGCGGGUGGGCAGGGAUUCGAUUUCCUCUGCAUGCCCAUCGUGCACCCCCGCUUCAGGAGGGAGUUCUGCGCGGGGCCGGCGAAGGACCGGCCGGCGGCCCUGACCCGCUCCGAUCUGUUGCUGUCUGGCCGGGACUGGAACACGCUGAUCGUGGGCAAGCUGUCGCCAUGGAUACAGGCGGACUCCGAGGACGAGCAGGUGAGGAGGAACUCGGAGGAGGCCCUGCUGCAGGAGCUGAACUUCGCGGCCUACCUCGGUGUCCCCGCGUUCCUGCUGCCGCUGCGGCAGAUGAACAACAGUAACCUGGCAAGGGUGCUGAUCAACCACCUGCUGACCGGACACCAUUCCACUGUCUUCUGGAUCCGGGUGCCGCUCAUCUCCUGGGAGGACAUGCGGGAGGACCUAGUGGAGAAUGACCCGGUGGUGCGCUCGGAGGACUGCAGCGAGGAGGAGACGACCUGGCUGUGGUGGCACCAUUUCCGCUCCUUGUGCGACUACAACAAGAGGAUCGCGCUGGCCCUCGAGGUCGGGCCGGACCUGCCGUCCGACGCUGUCAUCGACCGCUGGCUCGGGGAGCCCAUCAAGGCGGCCGUGCUGCCCACCAGCAUCUUCCUGACCAACAAGAAGGGCUUCCCCGUCCUGUCCAAGAUGCACCAGAACCUGAUCUACCGGUUCUUUAAGCUGGAGGUGCAGUUCGUGAUCACCGGGUCAAACCGUCACUCGGAUAAGGAGUUCCGCUCCUACCUGCAAUACCUCGAAUAUCUCAACCAGCACCGACCCCCACCCAACUCGUACGAAACCUACGCCAAGGGCUACGAAGACUACUUGCAGUGCCCGCUACAGCCCCUCAUGGAUAACUUGGAGUCUCAGACCUACGAGAUUUUCGAGAAAGACCCGAUCAAAUACUCGCAGUACCAACAGGCCGUCUACAGGUGUCUGCUGGACAGAAUCCCAGAGAGUGAGAAGGACACAAACGUUCAUAUCCUGAUGGUUCUGGGAGCGGGCCGGGGCCCGCUGGUCAACGCCUCUCUGCGGGCUGCAAGGCAGGCUGACCGGAAGAUUAAGGUGUUCGCCAUUGAGAAGAACAUCAACGCCGUCGUCACGCUUCAGAACUGGAAGUAUGAGGAGUGGGGGGACCAGGUGACGGUGGUCUCCUCGGAUAUGAGGGAAUGGCAGGCGCCCGUGAAGGCGGACAUCAUCGUGAGCGAGCUGCUGGGCUCCUUCGGAGACAACGAGCUGUCGCCCGAAUGCCUGGAUGGAGCGCAGAGGUUCCUGAAGGAGGACGGUGUCAGCAUUCCCAGUGAGUACACCUCUUUCCUCGCUCCCAUCUCCUCCUCCAAGCUUUACAACGAGGUGCGCGCCAGCAGAGAGAAGGAUCGAGACCCGGAGGCCCAGUUUGAGAUGCCCUAUGUGGUUCGGCUGCACAAUUUCCACCAGCUGGCUGCUCCGCGGCCCUGCUUCACUUUCACACACCCGAACCCGGGGGUCUUCAACAACAACCGCUACAAGUGCCUGGAGUUUGACAUCAAGCUGAAUACAGUGCUGCACGGGUUUGCCGGCUACUUUGAGACCGUCCUGUACAAGGAGGUGACGCUGAGCAUCCGCCCAGAGACUCACUCGCCAGGCAUGUACUCCUGGUUCCCCAUCCUCUUCCCCCUGAAGCAACCCAUUCCAGUGAAGGCAGGGGAGAUGGUGUGCGCCCGCUUCUGGAGGUGUGCCAAUCCCAAGAAGGUGUGGUACGAGUGGGCAGUGACCUCGCCAGAGUGUUCUGCCAUCCACAACCCAACUGGCAGAUCGUAUACCAUUGGCCUGUGAGGUGGUGCCUGUUGGCAGUUUUGGACGUGUUCCACUUGUACUUGUGUGCAUGUUCAAUAGGUGGGGCGGCUGACAACGAUUGGCCCCCAUCUCGUGCUGCUGAACUCUGAUGUGUGUCAAGGGGUCAAACUGAUGUGUUUACCAGUGCUGGAGGGUUGGGUGGGAAUAUAAAAUGGGAGGGUUCUGCAGGGGUUUGAUGUCUCUCUGGCUCCCGUUUGGGGAUAUGUGAUUCUAAAUUGUGUUACUGACAUUAAAUUGGUUUUGCUGCAAAGCUCUUUAAAGUCUUUAAAUCCAGAAGUAAAAGGGGCAGCACAGUGCGUUGCUGCUUCACGGCUUCGGCAAGCCACGUUUGAUUUGGCCUGCAAUGCCACUUGGAAUUUAUCCAUUCCACGUGGAUUUCCCAGGUACUCUGAUUUCCUCCUGUAUCCCGAAGAAAGCAAGUUGUUGUUCCUUUCCGUGCCUCUGUGGCACAUCGGCAGCAACCUUGCUGUUUCUUGACCAUUUUUGUCUUUUUUUAACGAGGCCGAGUUGCCAGCUCGACGCUCGGCCCAGCCCAGACGGGAAACAUGCAAAGGAGCCAGCCAGAAUCGAACCCGGGACCACUCACCUUAGUGUGGAUGCUACCACACCACUGGCUGGCAGAAAGUAGGUAAAUUGGUUACCGAAAUUACCUCUAACAUAGAUGGGUGAUAGGAGAAUCUGGGUGGAAAUGAUGACAUCUGUAAGAGACGUGGUUGCGGGGAAACAGCUGGGGAGAUGGGAUUGCUCUGUUAGCUGGUAUAGACUCAGUGCAUUAAAUGGCCUUCUAAAUACGAGCUAAAUGUAUCACAAAUGUGUCUGGCCAGGUCUUUUAUGUCGAUCACAAAUAAAACUGUAGCUGCUGGAAUGAAGAGUAGAAUAGAAAUUGCUAGAAGAGAGUCACUUUCACAGCGUCUGUGGAAAGAGGAACCAGGGACUCUUCCUUAUAACUGCGGGAGCUUGGAAAUUUUUAUUUUUGGUCAUGCAAGCUCACUUUGCACUGUCCAGGGUAGUACAUGGGCUUCAUUUGCGUUGACAGGGAGCAGUCUGGGUUUGGGCUCCAUUGUUGGAGCUCUGCUUGGAAAAUUCUCUCAAGGAACUGAAAUCAGAAGCAAAGCAAAAUGAACAGGCUGUCCAGUUCUGCCAUUUAAUUGUGUUAACUGUUCAAAUUACACACAGAUCACUGUAAGGAAUGAAUUGACAAAUUCUAUCUCUCAUCUGGAGAUUUCUAAAUGAGACUGUUUACCACAAUGACUUUUUAUCAUAUACAGAUCUUGAUUUCCACUAAUUUCUUUAAGAAGCAGUUUCUGACUUGUGGGGAAGACUGCUUUUGACUGACUUAUCAAUGAAAUUUGAUUUUUAAACACCAAACAAAAGGACCCAUUUCAUAAUGCACAAGAAAUAAGUAUAAAUUGCGUAUCAUCCAGGAGGGUUAUAUAACAACAUAAUACUGUUCUAUAGCCAUAUAGAGUGAACAUACUUCCAUACACUGGUGAUGUGAAAGCUGUUAUAUGUGCCAUAAAAUUGUAGACUUGGUAUUAUUACAGAGCUGCAUUAAAUCUUUGCUGAAUAAUUACCAAAAUUACUUUG